AUGGUCGAUUGCCCAAUCUGCGCCAAAGCCGUCAAAGACGCCCGAAUCAACGAACACAUUGACAGUGCAUGCACAGACUUUCUUCUUGAAGCAGAACCACAGGGUACGCCGAAUUUGGGAAAGGCGUAUAGCUUCUUUACGCCAGGCGCACGCAAACUGCCAGGCGCGACACAGAAGAAUGGGCAUCCAACCUCAUCACCGCCGGCACCACCGACAGCAACGCAGCUUGUAGAGCGGUCCAAGACGCCACCAGCGGCCACGAAACGAACCUUUGAUGAGGCGGCGGAUGCACCGACAAAUGGCGAGCCGCACUCGCCAUCAGCUCCAAAGCGGGCGCGGAAACUCAAGGCAGUCACAGAUGCCAUGCCGCUGGCGGAGCGUAUGAGGCCCAUGUCAUUAGAUGAUGUAUAUGGUCAAGAGCUGGUAGGACCGGGCGGCGUGCUUCGAGGCAUGGUCGACGAGGGCAGACUGCCAUCAAUGGUGCUUUGGGGACGGCCAGGAACUGGCAAAACCACGAUUGCAAGACUUAUCGCCAACACAUCGGGCUCACGCUUCGUUGAAAUUAACAGCACAAGUACAAAGUUGGAGGAAGUGCGCAAGAUAUUCACAGAGGCCUUCAGGGAGCUGCAGCUGACAGGUCGAAGGACCAUCGUCUUCUGUGACGAGCUGCAUCGCUUCUCCAAGACCCAGCAAGAUGCCUUCCUUGGACCUGUAGAGUCAGGCACUAUAACACUCAUAGCCGCAACGACUGAGAAUCCAUCUUUCAAAGUCAUUUCAGCAUUGCUUUCAAGAUGUCGGACCUUUACGCUCGACGACCUCAAAGAAGACCACUUGGUGCGAAUACUGGAACGCGCAAUGGCCUCGGACAACUACACAUCUCCCAUCCUUGACAAGUCCAUGUUGGAGUACUUUGCUCGCUUCUCCGACGGCGACGCCAGAACAGCCCUCAAUCUUCUCGAACUAGCUAUCAACCUAGCGAAGCAACCUGACAUGACCAAAGAGAAGAUACAACAGAGCCUCACCAAAACCCUCGUAUACGACCGCGCCGGCGACCAACACUACGACACCAUAUCCGCACUGCACAAGUCAAUACGAGGCUCCGACCCUGACGCGGCGUUGUACUACUUAGCACGUAUGCUUGAGUCUGGCGAAGACCCACGCUACAUAGCCCGCCGCCUAAUCGUUGUCGCAUCCGAAGACGUUGGACUGGCAGACAACACAAUGCUGUCCCUAGUGACAGCCACAUACUCUGCCUGUGAGAAGAUUGGCAUGCCCGAGUGUCGCAUCAACCUCGCCCACGCCGUCACCGCCCUAUCUCUUUCACCAAAGUCGACGCGCGUAUACCGGGGCUUGCACAAUGCCAUGGAUGCGUUGAAGGAACCAGGAGUUGCCGCACUACCCAUACCACAUCACAUACGCAACGCGCCGACCAAGCUGAUGAAGGAUAUGGGGUACGGCGAUGGAUACAAAUACAACCCAGAUUACCUAGACGGCAAGGUAAAGCAGGAGUACUUGCCCGAAGCACUCCGGGGUCGCUCAUUCCUCGAAGACACCGAUCUGGGUAGCAAGGUAGAUCCCGACCUCAUCGAAGACGACGAAUUAAUGCCAGAGAUUGAUUGA